AUGGGCGGCGAGUGUGCGCCGGAUCAUUGCCGCGAGUGCGGAAGCGCCGACGUGGUGACGGACUUCAGCGCGGGCGACGUCGUGUGCCGCGGGUGCGGCAUGAUCCUCGGUGAGCGCAUUAUAGAUGAUACCCCGGAAUGGCGAACGUUUGCUAACGAUGAUCGCGGGGGUGACUCCGCUGCGAAAUCCAGGGUCGGUGACGUAGCGGACGCGCGGCUGGACAGUGUCUCGCUGUCGACGUACCUGGUGGACUUGAAGAAAGGUGGGGGCGCCGAAGCAGGCGGCAAGCACAAGCGGCCGAACAUCUCGUCCGAGAGUGCCAAGGUGAAGAAAAUGCAGCGCACGAUGACGCGGAUUCAAGAAGUGGCAGACUGCCUGUCGCUGCCCAAGAAGAUUGUCGAGAUUGCGCUCGACGUGUACGCAGAAGCUGAGAAGCAGGGCGUCAACAUGCGGGGACCCGAGCGCGAGAGCAUGGUCGUUGCGGUGCUGUUUAUCGCGUGCCGAAAAGCCGGCAAUGCUCGUUCGCUCAAGGAGUUUGAAGACGCGUCGGGCGUUCCGAAACGACGUAUUGGCAAGUCGUUCAUGAGCUUGCAACGUCGGCUGGAUCUCGAGGUCAAGCAGGCGACAACGGGAGAGUACGUGCAGCGCUUUUGCUCGAGACUCGGUCUGCCAAGUAAGACGCAGGUGAUUGCGCAUGCAGUGGCAAAGAAGGCAGACAGUUUGGAGCUGUCGAAUGGACAGCCGCCUGUUGCAGUGGCGGCUUCGGUGAUCUACCUCGUGGCCGCGUACACGAAUGCGAAGCGGUCGAUUCAGGAGAUUAGCGACGUCACGAUGAUUGGCGAAAAGAGCAUGAAGAGAGUGUGCAAGGAGCUGAACAAGAGUCGCGUGGUGCUGUUCGAAGGUGUGGUGAUGACGUAG